AGUAACUGUGUUUGACUUGACGCAGCCAAGAGAGGGAGAGAACUGGUCGCCACCAGAGACACAAAGGGACUGGAAAGAUCUGCAAGCAUGGGAGUAAAACUGUACUACACCACUGUAACGGCCUCAAGAGAGGUCAAGGCUCAACAGGCACAAGUGAUUCGAAUCCUUGACAGUAAAAGCAUCCAGUAUGAGCUGAUUGAUAUCUCUGUGGGCGGAGAAGUCCGCAAUGAAAUGAGGACCAAGGCGGGGAAUCCCUCAGCCGUGCCCCCCCAGCUCUUCAACGAGGACCAGUACUGUGGGAACUACGAAAUGUUUUCCGAGGCAGUGGAGGCAGAUACAGUGGAACAGUUUCUGAAACUGGCAUGAGGCGGGGCAAGUGUCUUUCUCCACCUUAACCCCAACCCCAACCACCCUGUACCCUAACGGAGGUCCGUAACCCCUCCCUCUGCCCCGCUGGCAGUGCCCACCCCCCCUCAACGCCAUGAUAAAUAAUGCCAAAUAUCUACUAUCAAUCUACUGUCAUACCUACUACAGCUAAAUCAGAAGACCCACAUUCCCAAACUGCACCAUUAGACUCUAAACCACUGUUAAUCUGUUUUCUUAAUGUGCUAAUAUCCUCUUUUCUUCCUGUUCUUGCCACUAGACUCUUUCCCUGUUUGACACACUGUUACUUAUUCCUCUUUGGCCAGCAGGAAUCAAUGGGGUGUCUAGAUGUGUGGUAAUUAGGUCAACUAAUCUUGGCUGUAGCCACAUGAUCGCUGGAGAUUAAACUAAUCCACUGGGUAAAACAUUCAACCUAGAACCUUCCUGAUCCUCUGCAGACCAAACACAGACCAAAUGCUUGGUCAUCUUUCAGUCUUAACUACCUAAUUGUCUUUUCCUGGCCUUCAGAUUCCCAUGUUGUUCAUAACGGCACAGUAUUUGUACUUCACGUAAGUGCAAACGCAUAUAGAAGAAGCAAAGGGUAUUAAGUCUUAAACCUGAUUAAUGAUGUGAAGUUCACAUUUAAAGGUCUGCUCUGACUUUUGGGGGCUUUGUCUCACUGGUACCCAAUAUCUAACAAGAGGACUUGAACCGAAACAUCUCUCAGUGUAGUAUAUAUCAUGUCUGGUGGACAUGCUAAUGCUUUAACAUACAGCAUGUUAGGAUAUUAGCAGGUGAUAAGCUUCAUCCUAAAAGAGAGAGAAUAAGGAGUUGUAGCAGAUCAAAGACUGGAUGGUUGGUUAACUUUAAUGACAUGUCCAAACCUGUCAGUCGUGUUUAGGAAAUUGGUAAAAUUCACAUUAAAUUCAACAAAAAGAAAGUCAUUCAGUGGCAGAAAUUCUCUCUUCCCAUCAGACUUUGAGUGUAACUUUGAGGAAGUGGACAAAGUUAGCCAGACAGCUAAAGUUUUGGCACUGUUGACUUGGCAUGGACUUCACUAAUGAUAAUGGUAGAGAUUUUACUUAAGUUCUGACUCUCCAAGUCGUAGUGUUAAAAUCAAAAUCAACUUUGGAUUACUAAAAGAUUUUUAGUAGCAUUUUUCAUAGUGCUGAUUGUGUCAGAUUGCUUUACAUACUGAAUGCCAAAGCAUUAGCAUGCAGAGAUGAUGUGGUGCCAAUCUUGUUACAUACUGGGUCGGGGGACCAACAGGCCGAAUCCCUCAAGAGUCAAUGCAGUCCUUUAAAAACAACCCAACUGCAGUUGAACAUUUUAGCAGAUGGCAGGCUAAUUUUAGCAUCCAGCAGAAAACGAAAGCUUUUCUUAAUAACUUGGUGCCAACACAUAUCUGUGAUGCAUUUUUACAGAUGGAUAUUAACUGUAGUAUUAGCUAAAAGCGUUGCUCACUUGCUGUCUUCAACAUUUUUCAUACUGUAUGACUUGGAUUAAAGUUUCAUUCCUGGCACCGUGUGGCGCUCAAUAUUGUGCCCCGACUGGGCAGAAAGACGCCAAAAACUGUCAAAAAGUGGACUGCAAGGGAUUGGACCGAAACAAUGAGAAUCUUCCAGCAUCCAACCUCGUAGCUUAUCCCGCUCCUGUUUACUCUGUUACAUUUCCACUGAUGGUCCCGGGCAUGAAGAUGCAGUAAUGUGACUAUGCACUGAAACCCUGCCUCAUUCCGAACAUCACACCACCAAGACCCGGUAUUUUGUCUCUCUAGAUUGAUCUCGCUCAGUCUUAGCCUUAGGUAACACUCACUACAUGGGAAAGACGAAGGCUUCACUUAUUUCAGUGCUUUUUGUGUGUGUUUGCAAUCCUCCAGUUGAUUGAUCCCAACUGGAAUAUAAUGUGCUGUUUUAUGUAUUGACCUUCCUGUAUUUUGUUUUUGUUGGGGGGUGGGGUUAAGUCGAGGACAACGUGGCUUCCUCAUCUUCCCAUCACACAUCAGAACGCUCUGCUUCCAUAUUUGUGAUGUUACAUACUCUUUUGGUCUGGGAUCCCUAGCAACGACAGCGUUCACACACAAUGUAUGUGCACUGUUCUGUAAGUCGAUGGUAGUACAUGUGUUUUGCUCUUGUUGACAUGUAUUCACUAUAAACCAUGUUUUAGACAUUCCACGUCUCUUUCUGAGCUCCUGCUUUGCUUUUGGACCAAUUCCCCUUGGCCAAAAAGAAAAGAAGAAAAUAGGGAAUACGAUGCCUUUGUCUUCCAAGAAGAUUGUGAAAAGUGAUUUAUGGGUUAAAAAAAAAAUAAAAUGGAAUUGAGUCUACCAA